AUGGCGGACAGUCGUGAAAGAAUUCGUGCCCCACCACGGGACGGGCGCGAAGGGUUCACCAGUCCACGGCAGGUACUUCGCCGGCUGAUGCUGUUAUCCGAAGGCAGACAGUAUCGUGAGGCCGCCACCGUCGUGGGUCGUCUAGGACCAUCCGUACUUCGGUCGGUCGUCGCCGAGCUUCCCAUGGACAUCCUGAUCGAGGCACUACCCCACAGCACCUAUCUGCUCGAAUCCUUCUUCAAUCGGCUAAAUGCGGUCGUUGCCACUCAACGUCCGGACGUUCCUUGCGAAGCAAUCAUGUGGCAUCUGGUGAAGCUGUUCAGCAAUCCACACGAGACGGGACUACGGCAGCGAUGCAUGAAACUCGCGCAAGCGAUCGGUGUGUGGCAACCGUCGUUACGGGAUUCACUUCUCGCCCGCCGCAAACAGCUCGAUCAAGCAAUUCAAGGGCUCGGCGUGCAUGGGCUGACGGCCGACCAGACUGGCAGUCUCAUAUCGCUGCACGUUGCGCUGAAAAAUGAACUGCAGCGACACAUCGACACGUACAAGACUGCCAUUCACAAGCUGGAAGAGCUGAGCCCGGUUACCGCACACCAGGAUCCGGCCCAAUCUUCCCACCAGCGGCUGCUAGCGAUCGGGUACGGUGACAUCCAGCAGCGGUUGAUCGACAACAAAACGCUGCUCACCAUGCUAGACAAACCGGCGCUCAAACAGUUAGCCCAGCUGGUGGAAAACCUUUCCCAGCGGGUACAGAACGACAAGGAGGUGCUGUUCUGUGUUGGCCAGAUUCGGCGUACCGAUGCGACGGCAAACACCGAGGAACGACCGGCGGCCGGUUUGCUGAUGAACUACUCGCGCGGGUGCGACACGGUGCUAGGACUGAUGGGACCGAUCACCACACUCCCACCGAGCAGUCCCACCAGCAAUGGAUGCAGCAGUGGUGGUAGUGAUGGUUACCAUUCCGAUUCGGACAUUGAUGAGACUAACUCGGAACUGGUACGGCAGUACAGUGUGACGUACAGUAAAAAUCGCAUUGACACACUGGACUCACUCAACUCGUUGCCCCAGCUCAAACACGCCCAUCAGCUCAAAGCGAAGAUACUGUUCUCAAUCAUCGUGCUUGCCUUCCGUGCCUGCCAUGGUCUUAAAGAGCGCAAGGUACUGGAGGUGCGUCGAACACUGUACGUGCUGGAUGCAAACGAUGAAGCUACGGCCGCUCUGGAUCGGGCAGUGAGGCAGCAGCUAAAGGAGACGGCCGAACGCUUCCCGAUGGGUGACGUCGAACGGCAGGUUGCCAAUCAGGUGCUGUCAACGCUGCACGAGUACCCUUGCCUAGAGGCUUGCAUACCACUUAUCCACUACAUCAGCGACUGUGUACGAUUAGCGUGGCGCAUGGUGAAUCAAACCAACCCAUACUACCUCGAUACGGAUUUUACUCUCGGUCUUCUGCAGCCGGAGAAGCACGAAAGAUACCCGAUAUCCGAGAAGCGUUCCGACAUUAUCCGUGCGUUCUUGUGGCCAGCACUGAUGCAGAAUGGACACUGUGUUUACAAAGCGGUCGUGGCCACUUAGCACACUUAC